GCCUUUAUUUUUUCUCUUUUUGUAAUUUAAAAAAUUUGACUAUUUAUAUACAAAUGGGCUUAUAGUCCCCAAAUUGAAGUAAAUUACAGACACGCACCGGAACGUGUUUUCUCGCACAGUAAUGGCGGAAACAACCGUCAAACCCUCCUCCGACCUUCUCGUACAGCAGCAGCAGCAGCAGCAGCCUCCGCCGCCGUCAAAACCCCGGCCGAAGCGAUUCGUGAAGAACCAAAUCCCGGACUCCAUCCUCAACGACGCCGCGCUGAACGCCGCCAUCUCCCUCCUCCCGGCCAACUACAGCUUCGAGAUCCACAAAAUAAUCUGGCGCGCGCGGUCCACGAACGCCACGCGCGUGGCGCUCCAGUUCCCGGAGGGCCUCCUGAUGUACUCCCUCGUCAUCUCCGACAUCCUCACCACCUUCGCCGCCGUCACCCACUGCUUCGUCCUCGGCGACGUCACCUACGGCGCGUGCUGCGUCGACGACCUCUCGGCGCGUGCCCUCGACGCGCACCUCCUCGUCCACUUCGGCCACAGCUGCCUCGUCCCAAUCGACUCCACCACCAUCCCCGUACUCUACAUCUUCGUCGAGAUCGCCAUCAACACGCGCAAGCUCCUCCACGAGCUGAACCACAACUUCACCCCCGACCAAAUCAACAGCUUCGUCAUGGCCGGAACAAUUCAAUUCUCCAACGCAAUCCGCGCCGUGAAGCCCGAGCUCGAGAAUCUAGGGUUUAGGGUUUUGAUUCCCCAAUCAAAACCCCUCUCCGCCGGUGAAGUCCUCGGCUGCACCGCCCCGAGCGUGAAAUUACAAACUUGCCCCGGGAAGGACGACGUCAUCAUCUUCGUGGCCGACGGAAGGUUCCAUCUCGAAGCAUUCAUGAUAGCCAAUCCAGAAAUUAGGGCUUUUCGAUUCGAUCCUUAUUUGGGGAAACUCUUCUUAGAGGAAUACGACCACGAGGGUAUGAAGGGGGAUAGAAGGAAGGCAAUCGAGAGAGCUAUGGGGGCGAAAACUUGGGGAAUCGUAUUAGGUACUUUAGGCAGACAAGGCAAUACUAUGAUAAUGAAGAGAUUAGAAGAGAAAAUGAAAGAUAAAGGGUUGGAUUAUAUGGUCGUAUUAAUAUCGGAACUGUCGCCUAAAAAAAUCGAGCUUUUUGGCGAUGCGGUAGAUGCUUGGGUUCAAAUUGCGUGCCCUAGGUUGUCUAUUGAUUGGGGAGAUGCUUUCAAGAAGCCAUUGUUGACAGCUUUCGAGGCCGAGAUUGCACUUGGAGAUUUGGAUGGGUGGUGGCAGAGGAAAUCGAGGUGUUGUAAUGGAGGUUCGGAGAGUACGAGGAAUGAAGAAUGUUGUGGUAAUGGAAAUGGUGAUGUGCGAGAAGGGGUGGAUUAUCCGAUGGAUUACUAUGCGCAAGAUGGAGGGGGGUGGAAUUCUUGUUACUCGAAGAAGCCUGCUCGUGUUAGUCGGAAAAACAAUCAGUGCUGCAAUAAUAGUUGCGAAAAACUAUAAAAAUUCAUGGUGAGUCUCGUUUUCGCUUAUGGCGCUCCUAUGGAUAUAGUUUUGUUUUCUAUUUACCUUAUAGUAUUUGUGUUUAGUUGCAUUUGUCUUCUUGAUAUAUUGGAAGAUUUUUGGGAUUUCUGAUAUUUGGUUUUGCUGUUGCAUUUAGAUAUAUACUUUUGAUCAAUCAAAUUUUUUUUGUUGCAAUGCGAUAGACAGACCGACAUUUUUAGAUCCUAUGGUCUGGUCUGGAAAGACAAGCUUCAAUUUCUGAUAACAGUAUGUUUAGCUAUUGUUUUUUUCAGACCACUAUUAUUGAAGAUCAAUUCAAAUUAAGGUUUUUGUGGAGUUGCGAA